GUAAGGUUAUGUGAUUGCCCCCAUUCAAUCAGUGUUGUGUAAACACAUAAAUUAGGCCUUGCCACUUGCGCAUUGCUCGCACUAUACUUGGCAGAUAUUAAAUAGUGGCAUAUCAUCAGGUGUCCCUUCAUCGUCGCGAAUUAAUUGUGUAGUGAUGAAUAUUCAUUAAAGGAUGGCGAGUAAAGAUGACAGUUCCUUUAUUACUGUACCGGGUUUCUGUCCCGACUGCGGCUCGAUUCUUCCCUUACUCAGUGACCAAGGAGGAGUUAUAUGUUAUGCUUGCAAAAGAGAAUGGGGUGCCGAAGGUAUGUCUCGAUAAAAUUUUCGGUGACAUGGCAAUGACGCAUACACUUCAUUUUAACUCUAAGCAUACUUAUCGAUCCGCGAAAGAAGCGGAUAACGAAGACAGUGCAGAAGGGCCAGUUGUAGAACGACGAUGUCCUCAGUGUCAAAACGACAAGAUGUCGUACGCUACUUUGCAACUGAGAUCUGCCGAUGAAGGACAGACGGUAUUUUACACAUGCACCAAGUGCAAAUACAAGGAAACGGAGAAUUCUUGAUGCAAUUUUGUAUUGUACAUACGAUUUUAUGCCGAACGUUUUAUCACAGCGGACAUGUUCCUUUUUAUUCGAUUCUUUCGAUGACAUAUGCGUGCGUGUAUAUGUUCACUCAGGUGAACAUGCAUCUAUUCACUUUUGUAAGAAUAACGAAAAAUAUUAAUGGAAUUCUCAUAAUUGUUUGAACCACAGCAUUGAAUACGGUGUCCCCAAUUCCGUAUCUUUGAUUGCUUCUAAGGUUUCGUUGUUAAACGUUGUUUACGAUCCAUGCAUACGAGAGAGCUUGCGUCUCUUUAAUCCGUGGGAUAUAAACACCGUCUUUAAUAAAACAUAGAGCUUUAUUUAUAAUACACUCAACAAAUAGUGGUGAAGAGAGUACAUCCGUCAUAAUUUUAUAAUUCUACUAGGUCGUCAUUACUGUAUUUCUUUUUUUUUUCUUUCUAACAAUGCGACAUUACCUUAGUUAAGUGUUCAAUUAAGUAAUUCUGUAUGUACAAUGCGCGCAUGUCGGGAUAAAAGUUAACAAUUAUUUUAAUAAAUUCAUCUUGAUCCACUCUCGAAAUUGGUACGGUGGUCCUUGUGUUAAAAAACUUCAAUAGUUAGAGAGUUUGUCGAUAGUCUUUUGCUUAUCCUAUGUGUGCAUUUACACAUCGGCACUAAUAUCUGCCCGUAAUCUAACAAUAAUAAGAAGUAGAUAUGCUAUCUCAUGUUAAGGAAAAGUAUGCCAGUGAAUUAAUCGCUGAACUUCAUACGUACACACGGCAAUACUUAGAUUACGUAUACAAAUACAAUAAGAAUACAAAAUACAAAUAGGAUAUCAAGCGUAAUUGCACUUUCUUAACACUCUGGUAUACCCACAUCGCACAAGCGCUAUAAAAUAGAGAAAUAUGAUGCUUAAAAUACCUAAGAGACGCAUUUUUUUUUCCCUCCAUACAUUUGGAACACGUGAAUCCUCAUUCGUUCAAAAAGCGAAAAUACGGGGAACCAAUGUAGACACGCCUUUGUAAAGUCUGCCUAUCUUUGAGGAAACUUCGAGCCGAUUUUACCUUGAAUUCGAGAGGGAUUUUACUAUGAGGCAUUUAAGGGUAUAGAAAAUUAAAAAGCAGUUGCGAUCUUGCUGGAAAUAAUCGUGCGUAACAAAGCAUUCGUCGCGCGGUAAAAUCGACUCUGAAAGUUUCGAAGAGGACAGAGUCGUCGUUAAUAUGUAUGUGUAUAUGUGUGUGUGCACCACGCAUUUGAGACAUUCUUAUAUAUUUCAUUAAAAUAACAUGAGGGGGGGGGGGAUUAUAAUAU